AUGGUGUUCGGUCCCAUCCCGGACCGCGAGUAUCAUGAAGGCUUCAUGCGCGAGGCCAUCGGCAUGGCGGAGUUUGCACUUGCCUCGGACGAAACGCCUGUGGGCUGCGUAUUCGUGCACGAGGGAAAGAUCAUUGGAAGGGGCAUUAACGGUACAAAUGCGAGUUUGAAUGGCACCCGCCAUGCCGAGUUCGUGGCCCUCGCGGAGAUCAUGUCGAAACACCCGCAAUCAAUCCUCCAUCAGACCGACCUCUACGUCACGGUUGAGCCCUGUAUCAUGUGCGGAUCUGCUCUUCGACAGUAUGGUAUUCGGGCUGUCUACUUUGGUUGUCUGAACGACCGUUUUGGAGGCUGUGGAGGAGUGAUGAACGUCCACUCGGACCCGGGGAUCGAUAGUACUUUCCCGUGCUACGGAGGCUUGUUCCGCGAGGAGGCCAUCAUGCUACUGAGGAGAUUCUAUGUGCAAGAGAAUGAAAAAGCACCGGAUCCCAAGCCCAAGAAGAAUCGCGAGCUCAAGACGGAGAUCUUGCCAGUAACUGUCACACCGGUG